UUUUCCUAAUCCCUCUUUAAUUUUUAUUUAAUUUCCCGCAUAUCUUCCAUCACAAAUGACGGGAACCGAUACCCAAAGCUCCUUCUUGGGACGAAUCAGCAUCAGGCGGAACCAGGUCAACGCCAUGGAUGGUUCCCAUGAGCAAGAGAUUGAAGACCUUGACCUCUUCCAGAAGCAAGUCUCCGAUCGUUUCGCCGAGAUCUUAUCCGCCCCCGAUGACACCCCCUUCGAUGCCUUUCUCUCUAUUUCCUGGAUACGCAAGCUCCUCGACGUCUUCCUCGGCUGCGAAGCCGAAUGCAAGGCUAUUCUCUUGAUGGGUCGUGAUGCGGCUCAGAUCUCCAAACCCCCUCUCGACCGCUUGAUCCCUGAACUCCUCGACCGUGUCGUUAAGGCUUUAGACAUUUGUAAUGCUAUCGCAAAUGGGUUGGAGUUGGUCAGGCAUUGCCAAAAACUGGCUGAGAUUGCUGUUUUGGCUUUGGAACAAAAACCCUUUGGUGAAGGACAAUCGAAGAGAGCAAAGAAGGCGUUGGUUUCGUUGAUUUCAGCAAUGCACCUCGACGAUAAAGAAGGCAGCGCUCAUAAAACGACGGACAGGAAUUGGUCGUUUGGUCGCCGAGGUGGUAAUAAAGAUCGACCGCUGUUUGGACAUUACAAGUCACUUUCUUGGCAGGUGGCUAGGAAUUGGUCUGCUUCCAAACAGAUUCACGCCAUGACUAUGAACGUCGUUCCUCCACGUGGACCGGAGGCAUCCGGUUUGCCCUCCCUUAUUUUCAUAAUGAACUUGAUUAUGGUUUUUGUCAUGUGGGUAUUGAUUGCUGCAAUUCCUUGUCAAGAGAGGAAUGGUUUGACAACUCAUCUUCCCAUUCCUAAGAACGUGAAUUGGACCCAUACUCUGACUGGUUUACUUGAAAAAAUUGGUGAUGAGUGGAAGAAGAAGGAGAAGAAAGGGAUGGCUGGUCUGUUAUUCGAGAUGCAGAAAAUGGAGAAGCUUGGGCAGAGUUUGAUAGACUUUACGGAUUCAUUUCAGUACCCCGGAGAGAAAGAUAAGGUGGAGGAAGCUGCUAAACAAGUAGCCGAACUCGCCGAGGUUUGUCAGCGAAUGGAAGAAGGGUUGGGGCCUUUGCAGAUGCUGAUCAGGGAAGUGUUCCAUAGGCUGGUAAGAAGCAGAACUGAAAUUCUUGAUGUGUUGGAUCAAGGCGCCAAAUCAUCUGCGCCGCUCGUGUAACUAUGUCAAUUGUCAGCCAUUUUUGUGAGUUGGUCUUUUGGUCCGAAGCAGGGCCUAAAAGGGUUCUUUUUUUCCUUUUAAUUUAACACAGACUUCAGGCAAUAUGGCUGUGGUGAAGCAAGCAUUUUGUGAAGUGUAGUUUGUUUGUUUAAUAUGUCAACUGUUGUUUGAUUUGAGUACAGAAGCUUUGAGGCAAUGUAAAUACUCAAACUAUUAUAUAACAUUUUUAUAUCCAACUGAAAGUUUCUCA